AUGAGCCUCACAUACGGGCUCGGUGGAGCGACAGUAGCACUGUCAGUGAUCGGAGCUUAUCUUCUCUUCACAGGCGAUGGAGAAGCAUUUAAUGUUGGACAAUUCUUAGAGGAUGUAUCACCAUAUGCAUGGGCUGAUUUAGGAAUUGGGCUAUGUAUAGGACUAUCUGUAGUAGGAGCAGCAUGGGGAAUAUUAAUUACAGGCUCCUCUAUCAUCGGAGGUGGAGUACGUGCCCCAAGGAUUCGAACGAAGAACUUGAUCUCGAUUAUUUUCUGCGAGGUGGUUGCGAUUUACGGAGUUAUCAUGUCUAUAGUCUUUUCAGCCAAACUAAAUGUAAUGGAACGAAGCUCGAUCUAUUCAGCCAGCAACUACUAUACGGGAUACGCUUUAUUCUGGGCUGGCCUGACCGUUGGAAUGUGUAAUUUGAUCUGUGGAAUAUCGGUUGGUAUCAAUGGUAGUGGAGCUGCCCUAGCAGACGCUGCGGACCCAAGCCUGUUUGUUAAGAUUCUGGUAAUAGAAAUUUUCAGCUCUGUCCUCGGUCUCUUUGGCUUAAUCAUCGGAUUAUUAGUUGCCGGAAAAGCGGCAGACUUUUCAUGA